AAACUAAAAGAGAAAAGACAGAGGCAAACGCGCGUUUCUAGCGAGAGUACAAUAAUUGGGCGAAGCGCUUCCAACGACAGCGUCGUCUUGUUCCUUAUUCUCUCUUCAUACGCAAGCUGUCACUGAGCUCACUUAUAGAUUUUUGAAAGCUGUCCAAAACUCAAUUUUUCGUUUCACAGUGAAGUACGUGUACACAUGAUUUUGAAUCGUUCCAUGAUUUAAAACUCUUCGUUUUUUGUUGUUGUUGAAAGUUUGCGAUCGAAUUGCGACGGAGAUGGCGGCGUCGAACAAGAUCGAACGCGCUCACCAGAUGUACCGUGACGGACGUUACGGCGAGGCGUUAGGGUUUUACACUGAGGCAAUUGCCAUGGCCAAGACCAACCCUCAGAAGAUUGCUCUGCAUAGCAAUCGAGCUGCGUGCUAUCUCAAGCUUCAUGAUUUCAAGAAGGCAGCAGAAGAGUGUACCUCAGUGCUUGAGCUUGAUCAAAAGCACAGUGGGGCAUUGAUGCUGCGAGCUCAAACGCUAGUCACCUUGAGGGAGUACCACUCAGCACUUUUUGAUGUCAACAGACUCUUAGAGUUGAAUCCAUCUUCAGAGGUUUAUCAAAAUCUUCAUGCUCGCUUGAGGACGCAGUUGUCACUUGCUCCAAUACCAGAAUCAGAAGAGGAGUAUGACAAACAGGAAGAUGAAGAGCCUGAAGUGAUACCAAAAGGAGAGAAUAAAAAGGAAGAGAUGGGAGAGAAACAUGCAGAGAUUUCUAUUAUUAGGACAAAUCAAGAGGAUGAGCUUGGCAAAAGUAUUAUUAGUGCUGAAUGUGCUCCCCCCAAAACAGAUCCCAAGUUUUCAUCCAACCAAGGAGAAAACCAAAACUAUGAGCCGAAGAAGUCCACAGCAGAUGCUAUUGUUCCUAAAGCACCAAACAGGGAGUCAACCGAGCAACAUUCCAAAGGAUGGAAAACAAUUCCAAAACCAAAAGGACAUUCAGCUCUAGACUAUGCCCGGUGGGACAUUGUUGAAGGUGGUUCUAGUGAUGAUGAUGAGGAGGAGGAGGAAGAUGAAGAAUCUGUGCCUCAGUACCGAUUUCGUGUAAGAACAAUUGGUGUCCGUCCUGUAAAGUGAGACGAUUCUACUGUGCAGAACCUAUAAAUAGAUUUUUUUUAUCCCAUAGUGAAAAUAAAAGUCACAUCUGAUGCCCAAGAAUGGUUGAGUUGCAAUAGCUCAAUCGUGUUAUCUGCCAUGAAGAUCUACGAAUCCUAGGUUAUUAUACAAGUUGGUUUGAAGUCAAUGGUCAUGAACUAAUUGAACUCUGAAUUUUACAUGGAAUCCCUCCGUUUGAAGCUGAUAACAUCCUGAUGUCUGGGUCGUCUAUAUUCUUUUGUGAUAGCAAGUAUAAGGGUUCUUACAGCGUGACUAAUAUCAUUGCAGUUGGAGAGAACUGAUUAUUUAUCUUGGUGACACUCUUUCCACAGCUAUAAAUAGUAUGGGAAUUCCACGAUGCAUAAUUAUUGCAGUGGUUGCAGCCACGAGCAUCCUUUAUGCUUUUCUAUCUAUCAUUAAAAAGCAAAAUCUAGUCAUUUUAGUGGGGCAUGAACCUCUGAUUUUUGCUCUGUCUUUUGUAUAUUCUAUAAUAUGAAUAAUUUUCCGCAGUGUGUUAUAUUUACAUCUAUUUAAAUUCAAAAUUUUG